AUGUUCGCGCGGUUCGCGGGUUACGGGGUUAUUUCUUUGCUGCUAAAGUGGUUUGCAAUGGAUUUUCUCCAGGAAUAUGAAAGUAGUGAUUUGGAAGCGACAGAUGUUUAUAACAGCACAAACAUUGACGUUAAAGCUAGCGACAAGGGCGCUUCAACGAGUGUUCUAAAUGUGAGAGCUGUCCGACAAGUGUAUUUAAUCACCUAUAGUCAGGCGGAUUUACACAGGUUCGCUGACAGAAAUUCAUUCGCGCAAGCUGUUCUCCGCUCUUUUGGCAGUAGUAACACAAACGUUGAACACUGGGUUUGUUGCAAAGAAGUGCACGAAUCCACGGGGGGAUACCACUAUAAUAUGGCAGUGAAGCUACAGCGCCGUAAAAGGUGGUUGUCUUGUAAACGGUACCUAAAAGAAAACUACGGUAUCUCCAUGCACUUCUCCGACGUACAUCACAACUAUUACAGUGCAUGGAAAUACACCACGAAAAAGGAUAAAUUUGUUGUGGAAAGUGACGGUCAUCCCGACUUGUCCGAUUGUAAAGGCCCUAAAACUGAAACGGCCUCACUUUGCCGGAAAAAGUACAUUGAAGAUAGUGACGACGAUGAAGAGGAAUUCUCGGAGGAGUUCUAUGAAAGUCCUUCUGAUGACGCGAGCGAGACAUGCCAUGAAAGUGAUUCGAAAGGUAAAAAAAGGAAAAAGCGCUUGUCUUCAUUUGAACUCUCAAAAAUAAUUGUAACAAAGGAAAUAAAAACUCGCACGCAACUGUUGGCUUAUGCGAACAACCAAAAGUGCGAGGGGAAAAACGACAUUGCAGAGUUUAUCGUCAACAGAGGGCCCCGCGUAGUCUCAGAGGUGUUAACCACAGCGUGA